AUGUCCGUUUUCGAGAACAGCAUGAAAGAAAGAGGCAUCACUGAAAAUGAAGCCUUUGACUGGGAGAAGGCUGGUACAGAUAUCUUGUUGUCCACUAGCACCUCUACUCCACCACAGCAAAAUACCAGGCAAACAGCAGCCAUGUUUGGGGUGGUUAAUGUCACUCCAGUACCUGGGGACAUGCUUCGUGAGAACACUGAGGAUGUCCUACAGGGUGAACAUCUGAGUGAUCAAGAGAAUGCUCCUCCCAUCCUGUCAGGCAGGCCAGCGGAAGGUCUUGGUCAGGCUCCAAACACUGCUUUCAAUGAGGCUGAAGUUUGGGAAGAGACAGAUGUGAAUCGCAACAAACUCAGGAUCAGCAUCAGCAAAACUCAGUGCAUGGUGGAAGAGGAGCAGAGAAAUGGCAUCUGCCCCAGUUCCCCUGUCCGAGUGCCUCCGGAGUCCCCUACCGCACAAGUGCGCUCCCUAAGAUACCGCCGUGUGAACAGCCCUGAGUCAGAACGCCUCUCCACUGCUGAUGGCAAAGCAGAUCUACAUGAAAGAAGAUCUCGAAUGGAUUUACCUGGCUCUCCAUCACGGCUUGUAUGCUCCUCCCAACCAGCCCAGAUGCUGUCCAUUGAUACUGGCCAGGCUGACCGGCAGGCAAGUGGUAGGAUGGAUGUGUCUGCUUCGGUGGAACACGAAGCCCUCAGCAAUGCUUUCCGUUCAGUGCCACUCGCAGAGGAGGAGGACUUCGAUAGCAAGGAGUGGGUUAUCAUUGAUAAGGAGACAGAGCUGAAGGACUUUCACCCAGGUGCUGAGCCAAGCACCUCUGGAACCACGGAUGAGGAGCCUGAGGAACUAAGACCUAUUGAAGAGGGUGAGGAGAGAAGGCGCUUGGGGGCAGAUGCUGCAGUCAGGCCGAAGACGCAUGAUGGGCGAAGUCGGGGUAUGCAGCCUGUGACUGAGGAGGACAGUUCCCACAGACAUGAAGGACCUUCUCAAACAGUAUCUGACAGUAAACAUGAACAGCAGACAGGAAGUCCAGCCCACUCCCCCCUACAUUCAGCACCAGCUAUCCGACAAAGGAGACGAGAAUCUGAACCUACUGGUCCUCAGAGGCAG